AUUUACUUGUAGAACGAACAAGUCUCCAGACAUAAUAAACUAUCAGACCAGCCCGGUCAAGCUGCAGAAAAUUGAGAUCUGCAAGAAGGGCCGGCUCUGAUUUGUCGGAUCAUCAAAAUCAAAGUGAAGCUUUCGAGCACACAUUUACAUUUUAUUCCGUCUACAUCUCUUACAUUCACAAAUGACCGCGCCUCUCUAGGAUGGCUUCAAAAGUUGUGGUCAUUGGCAAUGUCAAUUGCGCCUUUCAAGAGGUGUUUACAAAGCUUGCUAAACUUCAAGCUAAGCAAAAUUUCUCCUUUGCUAUUGUUGUGGGAGAUCUCUUCGGCGAAUGCAAUAGUGAUGAAGAUCUGGACCAAAUAUCAGGACUAUUAGCGGGGAAUAUUGUCGUUCCACUGCCGACUUACUUCAGUGUUGGAAGCCAUCCAAUUCCGACUCGGAUCAUUGAAAAGAUCGAAACCGACGACGAGGUUUGUCCAAACUUGUUUUUCAUUGGCAGAAGAGGUGUUUUGAAGACAUCAGAGGGUAUCAGGCUGGCUGCUCUUGGCGGCCAGCUAGCACCAGAUAGCUCAUCAGACCCCAAAAUCAACAACCGAUAUUACUCGCUAUAUAGAGCAUCUGAUGCGCGAUCCCUCUUUGGUGUCCACAAUACAGACGUUUUAUUUACAUACGAAUGGCCCAAAGGUGUGACUAGCCGUUCUAAAGUGGCAAUACCGGAAGGUACAGCUGCACCUGAAGGUGUUCAAUGUGUUGCUGAUGUAUGCUCGACAUUAAAACCCCGUUACCACUUCUCUGCAAAAGCCGACUUUUUCUACGAGCGAGAGCCUUUUUUUCAUAUGCUAUCGGAUGAAACUACAGAUGAAAAACCAUUAACUCGUUUCAUCAACUUAGCAUCAUUCAGCAAAACAUCAAAGCAGAAAUGGAUGUAUGCGUUCACUUUGGAUCCUACGGCCCCGGCUGCAGGUUCCGUUCCUGCAGGGUCAACCGUCUCUCCUCUAACCAGUGUUACUCGAAAACGGCCGGCAUUGGAAAGUCAAAAUGAUGGGUUCCAACGGUUUUCAAGAGCGCGCCCGACGGCCCCCCCUGGACCUGGGGAGUGUUUCUUCUGCUUGUCCAAUCCAAAUAUAGCCACUCAUUUAAUUACUUCCAUCGGUGAAGACGCCUAUGUGACAACAGCAAAAGGUCCUCUCACUACAGCCGACACCUACCCACUCUUGGGAUUUCCAGGACACAUGCUCAUCAUCCCUCUCAUACACUCGCCUACUUUUAGUGCGAUUUCAGAGUCUGAAGCGCGCCAAAACUCAUAUAAUGAAAUGCGUCGUUAUCGCAGUGCGUUAAAUGAUAUGGUUCGUGAAAGAACCAAGGGCGGCCUAGGCUCGGUCACCUGGGAGGUUAGCCGUGGCAAUGGCAUUCACAUCCACUGGCAAUACCUUCCUAUUUCCACAGAUCUAUUGUCGAAAGGCCUGGUUGAAGCUGCAUUCAAAGUUGAAGCUGAAAAUUUACAAUAUCCCAAAUUCGAGCGUCCUGCAAGCGACGACGGUGUAAAUGAAGCCGGUGAUUACUUUCGUGUGUGGAUAUGGCAACCGUCAAAACUCGAUUCUAUGGAUGAAAGCGAUUCUAAGACGGCCCAGCCAUUGGAGAAAACCCUUAUCUUGCCGCUAACGCCUGACUUUCGAUUCGACCUGCAGUUUGGUCGCAGGGUGAUGGCCAAGCUUCUACGACUCGACAAGCGAAUGGACUGGAGGGACUGUGCACAGACGAAGGAUGAGGAAGAAACUGACGCAGAUGCCUUCAAGGCCGCAUUCAAGGCAUUUGAUUUCUCUUUGGAGGAAUAAGUAAGAUGAUUUUAUACCAAAUUUGCAAUGUACCACAAAUUUUUUUUCAUAUGGAUGGCAUUUCUCCAGCGAUAAUUAUCUUGCAUUAGAGAACAGGAAACGUCUUUCAAUGGCUUA